UAACAUGUCUUCUCAAAGCCCUUUCCCUCUAUCGCAGGACGGGCCUACCCGCUUCCAAAAUGUCUGCCGGCAGCAGUGACGUCACUCGAUCCCCUCCAUCAAACCAGAAAGCCCGUGCGCUCCAAUCCAGCUCAAGCACCUCCCUUGCUGGCGUCACUUCCGGUGGUGCAGCAGCCAUUUUGUCAGUCGCCAGUGGAUCCCGCGCGCUGGAGAAGUGCAGUUCCCCCUGGUUACCAACUCGUCCGUUCUCCUUUGGCGCUGCGGGUGCCGUGGAAGAGCCGUCACCAGAGGCACAGCCGUUCCUGUCUCCAGUGCCUCCGCUACUGUUGCAUCCAGCUGGAGCUGGUGCGCUGUCUUCCUCCCCCACCACUGACAGGCGCCCUCGGAGCCGCCGUCCGCGAUGUCAAGCGAGGAAAGCUAUCGGGCCAUCCUGCGCUACCUGACGAACGAGCGGGAGCCGUACGCGCCGGGCACCGAGGGCAAUGUCAAGCGUAAAAUCCGCAAGGCUGCUGCCUGCUACGUGGUGCGCGGCGGGACUCUGUAUUAUCAGCGGCGGCAGCGGCACCGCAAGACGUUCGCGGAGCUGGAGGUGGUUCUGCAGCCAGAGCGGCGCCGGGGCCUCAUCGAGGCGGCGCACCUGGGCCCUGGCGGCACUCACCACACCCGGCAUCAGACCUGGCACGACCUGUCCAAGACGUACUGGUGGCGAGGGAUAUUAAAGCAAGUCAAAGAUUACAUUAAACAGUGUAGCAAAUGCCAAGAGAAACUAGAUCGUUCUCGUCCAAUAUCAGAUGCUUCAGAAAUGUUGGAAGAAUUGGGACUGGACCUUGAAUCUGGAGAGGAAAGUAAUGAAUCAGAGGAUGACCUGAGCAACUUUACUUCACCUCCAGCUACAGCCUCCAAGCCUUCCAAAAAGAAGCCAGUAUCCAAACAUGAACUUGUCUUUGUUGACACCAAAGGAGUGGUAAAACGUUCAUCUCCAAAACACUGUCAGGCUGUCUUAAAGCAGCUGAAUGAGCAGAGACUUUCCAACCAGUUCUGUGAUGUUACUUUGUUAAUUGAAGGAGAAGAGUACAAAGCUCAUAAGUCUGUUUUGUCAGCUAAUAGUGAAUAUUUUCGAGAUCUUUUUAUUGAAAAAGGAGCUGUUUCCAGUCAUGAGGCUGUGGUGGAUCUUUCUGGUUUUUGUAAGGCAAGCUUCCUUCCUUUACUGGAAUUUGCCUAUACUUCUGUGCUAAGUUUUGACUUCUGUAGCAUGGCUGAUGUUGCUAUCUUAGCUCGUCAUCUUUUCAUGUCAGAAGUUUUAGAAAUUUGUGAAAGUGUGCAUAAACUAAUGGAGGAAAAGCAGCUAACAGUAUAUAAGAAGGGCGAAGUACAAACAGUAGCAUCUACCCAGGACUUACCAGAACAGAAUGGAAGUACAGCGCCUCCUGUGGCUAGCAAUGAGGGAACUACAACAACUGUGUCUACUGGGCUUGAGGAUUGUGAAAUUGUGCUACUGAUAAAUGGAGAAUUGCCUGAAGCUGGACAGAAUGGAGAGCUAGGAAGACAGCCUGGGCCCCAGGUUUCUUCAGAGGCUGGAGCUGCUCCGUCAUCUGUGGGGUCUGUAUCUGAUUCCCGUUCUGAAGUCGAAUGUGUUGAUUUGGUAACAAAAAAUAACCCCACAGAGCUAGAAACUUCAAACAUCAGAGAAGAUAGCACAGUUUCUAACAUGCCUUGUAAACUUUCAAGAGAGAAUAUUAUCAGUAGCCCUCCAGAGAACAGUGACUUGGGAAAUGAUACAUUAACUGAAGAUAACUGUACUGAAGAUAUUCCAAAACAUGUACAGAAUGUUCAUCAACCUUUAGAAGAUCAGGAAAAUCCAAAUGCACUGACAGCAAAGACAGACAUUGGCCCCGAUGAUGACACUUACAGGAGCAGGCUUCGGCAGCGUUCUGUGAAUGAAGGAGGAUAUAUUCGACUACACAAGGGCAUGGAAAAAAAACUGCAGAAACGGAAGGCCAUUCCCAAGUCAGCGGUUCAACAGGUGGCCCAGAAAUUGGUUCAAAGAGGAAAAAAGAUGAAACAGCCAAAAAGGGAUUCCAAAGAGAGCACUGAAGAGGCGUCUCAUAAAUGUGGGGAAUGUGGCAUGGUUUUUCAGAGACGAUACGCCCUUAUAACACACACAUUAAAACAUGAAAGAGCUAGAGAUUACAAAUGUCCCUUGUGUAAAAAACAGUUUCAGUACAGUGCCUCCUUACGAGCGCAUCUUAUUCGACAUACCAGAAAAGAUGCACCCACAUCAUCGUCAUCCAAUUCCACAUCUAAUGAGGCAUCAGGAACAUCAUCUGAGAAAGGCAGAACCAAACGAGAAUUUAUAUGCUCCAUAUGUGGAAGGACAUUACCUAAAUUAUAUUCACUUCGAAUACAUAUGUUAAAGCACACAGGCGUAAAACCACAUGCAUGCCAGGUUUGUGGAAAGACUUUUAUCUACAAGCAUGGUCUAAAAUUACAUCAAAGUCUACAUCAGUCACAAAAGCAGUUCCAGUGUGAACUUUGCGUUAAGUCAUUUGUGACCAAACGCAGUCUUCAAGAACAUAAGAGUAUUCACACAGGUGAGUCCAAAUACCUUUGCUCAGUCUGUGGAAAGUCUUUUCAUAGGGGCUCUGGACUCAGCAAGCACUUAAAGAAACAUCAGCCAAAGCCUGAGGUUCGAGGCUAUCAUUGUACUCAAUGUGAAAAAAGUUUCUUUGAAGCUAGAGAUCUUCGCCAGCACAUGAACAAACAUCUUGGUGUGAAGCCAUUCCAGUGCCAAUUUUGUGACAAGUGCUAUAGUUGGAAAAAAGAUUGGUAUUCCCAUGUGAAGUCUCAUUCUGUCACUGAGCCUUACAGGUGUAAUAUAUGUGGAAAAGAGUUUUAUGAAAAAGCUUUGUUCAGAAGGCAUGUAAAGAAAGCUACCCAUGGGAAAAAAGGAAGAGCAAAGCAAAAUCUGGAACGAGUAUGUGAACAAUGUGGGAGAAAAUUUACUCAGCUGAGAGAGUAUAGGAGACACAUGAACAACCAUGAAGGAGUUAAACCAUUUGAGUGCUUAACAUGUGGAGUAGCUUGGGCUGAUGCCCGAUCUCUCAAACGCCACGUCAGAACACAUACUGGUGAACGGCCCUAUGUCUGUCCUGUAUGUAGUGAAGCCUACAUAGAUGCUCGGACACUCCGUAAACAUAUGACUAAAUUCCACAGAGACUAUGUGCCUUGCAAAAUUAUGCUGGAAAAAGAUACCCUUCAGUUUCAUAACCAAGGAACUCAAGUGGAACAUGCUGUUAGUAUCUUAACAACAGACAUGCAGGAACAGGAAAGUAGUGGUCCUCAAGAACUUGAGACUGUAGUGGUGACAGGAGAAACAAUGGAAGCUCUCGAAGCAGUUGCAGCCACCGAAGAGUGUCCAUCAGUAUCUACACUUUCUGACCAAAGUAUUAUGCAAGUAGUUAAUUAUGUAUUGGCACAACAGCAGGGACAGAAGCUCUCUGAAGUUGCAGAAGCUAUUCAAACUGUGGAAGUAGAGGUAGCACAUAUUUCAGAAGCAGAAUGAAUAUAGUUAUGAAAAUGAAAGGAAGAGACAUCUCAUAUAUACUAAAUUCACAGAACAUUUGUUUACAAUACCAUGUGACUGACUGCUUAAAGUUGAUAUGUCAAGGCUCUGGGCUUAGUGAUGUAACAUUCUGAACACUGUCCAGUGGGUUCUACAGGAAAAGUCCAUUUUCUCUAAAGAAAUUGAAAAAAAUCUUAAUGGCAGUGCUUUAUCAUGGUAUACCUUUUGUGGAUUAAUGUUUAUAAAUGUACUAAAUUGAAAGCUGUACAGUUUCAUUUGCAUUUUGGCAUUGUUUCAUUAUAUAUUUUGAGUUUAAAAGGUUGGACCGUUUGGUUUUUCUUAUCAAAAUAUAGAGGUUCUGUGAUUUCAGUCACGCUGUUUAUGGAUUAAAAAGAAAAUUAAAAUAUAAAGCAUUUCAGUAGGAUUUAUCGGUAUACUACGGUUUUUUAAAUGCUUUACAUCUGUGAUUCUUGGCUUACUAUUUAUUUUUAACCCCUUCUAAGUCAGGGAUUCUUUAUUUUGUUUUAAAGCACUUAAUGAGUUACAUGUUGUAAUCAAGUUUGCACAAUAUAUUUAUCUAUAUGGGGAACCCAUAAAUGAAUAGCUACUUUUUAAAAUGCCAUUAAAAUGCAUGAAAUGCCUAUUGAAGCCUUACUGUACUAUCUUUUCAAGGCAAGUAAACUGACCAUGAGAAAAGAACAUUGUUAUUAAAAACUGUUCAUGGAAAAUUUCUCCUUGAUACAUAGGAAAAUGUGUGAAAGAGGGGGAAGGAAAGGAUCUCAUUCUUUCAUUGAAGAAUGAACAAGUAAAUGAAUGAACAAGUUAGCUUUUCUAUGUUUUCAGCUUUUGUAUCAUGUUUAAUUGUUUAAUUUUGUUUGAAAACUGCAGUAGAGAGUAUCUGCAGUGGCCCUGUGAAUACUGUAUAAUUGUCAAAUAACUUCAGAAUAUUCAAUGCAGUGCUCAUUACAAUAUACUACUUGAAGAAAUUGAUUAUGAUCCCACCAAAUUGUUGAAAAUAAAUUAUUCAUAAAUGUUAUCUGGAAA